AUGAUGUCCUUUGUCUCUCUGCUCCUGGUGGGCAUCCUAUUCCAUGCCACCCAGACUGAACAAUUAACAAAAUGUGAGGUGUUCCAUAAGCUCAAAGACUUGAAGGACUACGGAGGUGUCAGUUUGCCUGAAUGGGUCUGUACCGCAUUUCAUACCAGUGGUUAUGACACGCAAGCCGUAGUACAAAACAGUGACAGCACAGACUAUGGACUCUUCCAGAUCAACAAUAAAAUUUGGUGCAAAGAUGAUCAGAACCCUCACUCAAGCAACAUCUGUAACAUCUCCUGUGACAAGUUCCUGGAUGAUGACCUUACUGAUGACAUUAUGUGUGUCAAGAAGAUUCUGGAUAAAGUAGGAAUUAACUACUGGUUGGCCCAUAAAGCACUCUGUUCUGAGAAGCUGGAUCAGUGGCUCUGUGAGAAGUUGUGA